GAGACGGCAACUCCUGCAAGUUCUACUAGGUUCCUGAACUUAAACUGCACAGCGUUACAAAGGGCGGGGGACGCGUGGGAGCUCUGGGUCCCGGCGCGCACCCACUGAGCUGCUUUCUCCCUCUCUUACCCUAGUCAUGGAAGGGAUGGAGGACGCCGAGGCCGAUUGCUCUGUUGCAUUCGCGGAGGCUCAGAGAUGGGUGGAGGCUGUAACUGAGAAGAAUUUUGAAACAACGGAUUUUCGAGCCUCUCUAGAAAAUGGUGUCCUGUUGUGUGAUUUGAUUAAUAAACUCAAACCUGGCGUCGUUAAGAAGAUCAAUAGACUGUCUACUCCAAUAGCAGGUUUGGACAACAUAAACGUUUUUUUGAAAGCUUGUGAACAGAUUGGAUUGAAAGAAGCCCAGCUUUUUCAUCCUGGAGAUCUACAGGAUUUAUCUAACCGAGUCACCGUCAAGCAAGAAGAGACUGACAGGAGACUGAAAAAUGUUUUGAUAACUUUGUACUGGCUGGGAAGAAAAGCACAAAAUAGCCCCUAUUAUAAUGGUCCCUAUCUCAAUUUGAAAGCUUUUGAGACCCUUUUAGGACAAGCUUUGACUAAGGCACUUGAAGAUUCUAGCUGCCUGAAAAGAAGUGGCCGAGACAGUGGCUACGGGGACCUCUGGUGUCCUGACAGAGGAGAAUUUCCUGCCCCUCCAGGUAGCCACAGGAGGGAAGAUUCCUUUGAAAGCUUGGACUCACUGGGGUCUAGAUCACUGACCAGCUGCUCCUCAGACCUCACUCUUAGAGGUGGGAAGGAAGGUUUCGAAAGUGACAUCGAUUGGGAAUUUACCUUCAAAAUGCAGGAUUAUAACAAAGACGAUAUGUCCUACCGAAGGAUCUCGGCCAUUGAACCAAAGUCGGCUCUACCGUUCAAUCGUUUCUUGCCUAACAAAAGUAAGCAGCCGUCCUAUGUGCCAGCACCUUUGCGGAAGAAGAGGCCAGACAAAAACGAGGAUAACAGAAGAAGCUGGGCAAGCCCUGUCUACACAGAAACAGACGGAACAUUUUCAAGUACCCAGAGGAGAACCUGGGGUCCCAAGAUGGAGAACUGGCACACAGUCCAAGAAACUUCCACCUCCUCUUGGUGUUUAGAAGAGGGAGAAGAAAGGAUCACGCGCAUGCCCAACAUUGUGAAGGACGAUCUCUAUGUGCGGAAGCUUAGCCCAGUCAUGCCAAGCCCAGGGAGCUCUUUUGAUCAGUUCCUUCCCAAAUGUUGGACCCCAGAAGAUAUGAACUGGAAAAAAAUAAAAAGAGAGACUUAUAAGCCAUGGUAUAAGGAGUUUCAGGGAUUCAGUCAGUUUUUAUUGCUUCAGGCCCUCCAAACCUACUCUGAUGACAUCUUGUCCUCUGAAACAAAUGUCAAACUCGAUCCUACCUCUGGCCCAAGGCUCAUAACUCGGAGGAAGAAUCUCUCUCCCGCACCAGGCUAUCGCGCCCACGACCUUGAGCUGCCAGCCCUGGAUCCUGACUUAGAAAAUGAUGAUUUCUUUGUCAGAAAAACCGGUGCUUUCCAUGCAAAUCCGUGUGCGCUUCGAGCCUUUGAAGACUUUAGGAGGUUCUCUGAGCCGGGCGAUGCUGUGGAACGAGAUAUAAUUUUGCAGUGUCGGGAAGGUGAACUCGUACUUCCAGAUUUAGAAAAGGAUGAUAUGAUUGUUCGCAGGAUCCCAGCCCAGAAGAAAGAAGUGCCCCUUUCUGGGGCCCCAGAUAGAUACCAGCCAGUCCCUUUCCCUGAACCCUGGACCCUACCUCCGGAAAUCCAAGCAAAAUUUCUCUCUGUGCUCGAAAGGACAUGCCCACCCAAAGAAAAAAGCACUAGUUGUAGAGUGUUAGUACCUUCCUAUCGACAGAAGAAAGACGACAUGUUGACUCGCAAAAUCCAGUCUUGGAAGCUGGGGACUGCUGUGCCUCCAGUCAGCUUCAAGCCUGGCCCCUGCAGCGAGGCCGACCUACAGAAGUGGGAGGCCAUCCGGGAGGCCAGCAGGCUUAGGCACAGGAAGCGGCUGAUGGUUGAGAGACUCUUUCAAAAGAUUUAUGGUGAGAAUGGGAGCAAGUCCCUGAGCGAUGUCAGCGCAGAGGAUGUUCAGAACCUGCGUCAGCUGCGCUACGAGGAGAUGCAGAAAAUAAAAUCGCAGUUAAAAGAACAAGAUCAGAAAUGGCAGGAUGACCUUGCAAAAUGGAAAGAUCGUCGGAAGAGCUACACUUCAGAUCUGCAGAAGAAAAAGGAAGAGAGGGAAGAGAUUGAAAAGCAGGCACUUGAGAAGUCUGACCGAAGCUCCAAGACGUUUAGUGAAAUGCUGCAAGACAGGGAAUCUCGAAGUUCCACAAUUACGUCUAGAAGGAGGAUCUAUUCCUCUGAUGACAUCCUGGAUGAUGGAGUGUUCCCUCCUACAGCGACUCUGUCAGAAACUCGUUACCAGAGUGAGAGACUAGAAGACAAGGCAAGAGCUCAUCCUACUGAGAUGCUCAAAGAAGAUUCCACAACAUUUGCAAACAGAGAGGACAGUGUAGCAGCUGAGAUUCAGCUUGCUUCUCAUAUUCCUGAAGAGCAACGUUUGGCCCCUUCGCCUUCUGCAGAACCACGUCAGGCCUCUUUAUCUUCUGCAGAAUCACACCAGGCCCUGUUGCCUUCUGCAGAACCACACCAGGCCCCAUUGUCUUCCGAAGAAACGCACCAGGCCCCAUUGCUUUCCACAGAGCCACGCCAGGUCCCAUUGCCUUCUGCAGAACCACGCCAGGCCCCUUUAUCUGCUGCAGAACCAUGCCAGGCCCCAUUGCUUUCCACAGAGCCACGCCAGGCCCCUUUGCCUUCUGCAGAACCACACCAGGCCCCAUUGGUUUCCACAGAGCCACGCCAGGCCCCUUUAUCUGCUGCAGAACCACGCCAGGCCUCUUUAUCUUCUGCACUACAGCGUCCAUCCUCACUUUAUUCUCAGCAGUCAUGGAGUACAAGAGGAGAGUCAACUCGGAUUUCAGCUUCUCUCCCUAGAAGUUACCAGAGAAGCGAUACAGCCAGGUUAACAUCUGUGGUCACAGCGAGACCUUUUGGCACAUCAUCAAGGGGAAUCUCAUCACUACCCAGAUCCUACACGAUGGAUGAUGGCUGGAAAUACAACGGAGAUGCUGAAGAUGUCAAGAGAGAGCAACCUGAUUUGGGCAGAGCCACUGGCCUGAAGCCUGACUCCAGCCACUUUAUUUCAGUCUCAUCCAGUGAGAAGGAGGUAGCCACAGGAGACAAUGUGGCCAACUUGUCCUCUCCCACACUCCCUUCCUCAUCUGUCUCCCACCACCAGGCAGCUUCUUCCAAAGCCACGUUCUCAUCGAUGUCUGGUCUGGAUUCAGUGUCUGACUCUGGAGAAGGGAGAAGCUCACCACAGAGGGAAGUUUCCAGGUCCCUGGAUCAGUUCAGCGAUAUGAGAAUCAGCAUAAACCAGACGCCCGGGAACAAACAUGUCUUUGGGUUUACAAUAAAAUGGGAUGUUUCUGGGAUCUUCGUAGCAUCAGUUGAAAAAGGUAGCCCAGCAGAAUUUUCUCAGCUGCAGGUAGAUGAUGAAAUUCUCGCCAUCAAUAACACCAAGUUUUCAUAUAAGGAUACAAAAAAGUGGGAGGAAGUUAUGGCAAAUGCCCAAGAAACUGGAAACUUAGUGAUGGACGUCCGGCGCUACGGAAAGUCCGGUUCACCUGAAUCAAAGUGGAUCGAUACAACGUCAGGAAUUUACAGCACAGACAAGUCUUCAAGUCUAUCAGUAACAACUGAUUUCUCUGAAAGCCUUCAGAGUCCUUAUACUGAAUCCAAAGAAAUCAAUGGAAUUCAUGAGGAAACCAACACCAUUGAUUCAAAAGCAUCAGAAUCCAUUUCUUUGAAAAAUUUAAAAAGGCGAUCACAAUUUUUUGAACAAGGAAGCUCUGAUUCUGUGGCUCCUGAUCUUCCGGUUCCAACCCUCAGUGCCCCGAGUCGCUGGGCUUGGGAUCAAGAAGAGGAGAGACGGCGGCAGGAGCGGUGGCAGAAAGAGCAAGAUCGCCUACUGCAGGAAAAAUACCAACGUGAGCAGGAGAAGCUGAGGGAAGAGUGGCAGAGAGCUCAACAGGAGGCCGAGAGAGAGAAUUCCAAGUACCUGGAUGAGGAACUGAUGGGCCUAAAUUCCAACAGCAUUUCUCUGACCUCCCGGGAGCCUGUGGCUGCCACCUGGGAACCCACCUGGAGUGAAGGGUCCAAGUCCUUGGACAGGGAAGGUACCCGAGUGGGAGAAGAGGGCAGGGGACAGCUGGAAGACCAUGCUGUGUUUGAGGACCAAAGUCAGAAGCUGCAGGAACAGCUCAUGCUUGAGCAGGAGAAGAAACGGAAGGAGCAAGAGGCUCAAGAAGAGGAGCUCCGGAAGCAGCGGGAGGCCGAGGCCCAAGCCCAGGCAGAGGCAGAAGCCAAGGCUCGGGCAGAGGCCCAGGCCCAGGCCCAGGCCCAGGCCCAGGCGGAGGCUCAAAGACGAGCUGAAGCACAGAAGCUCCAGGCAGAGAGGGAACGAGAAACUUCAAUCAAAAUAUACCAGUACCGGAGGCCUAUUGAUUCCUAUGAUCUACCAAAGAGAGAAGACGACUCUUCAGGGUUGCUUACAAUUGACAGGAAUAAAUCAAGAUCUACUACCGAACUAAAUGAUCCCCUCAUAGAGAAAAAUGGAAGCACCAAAUAUUCAGAGAGAAUUGUGACCACUAGCUUUUCACAAAGAAGUUCUAAGAAGGAUCAAGCCCCCUCAGAAGCAGAGUUGGAGAGACAGCAAAUCCUUCAGGAAAUGAGGAAGAGAACAUCUCUCCACAAUGACAACAGCUGGAUCCGCCAGCGCAGCGCCAGCGUAAACAAGGAGCCCAUCUGCCUGCCUGGGAUUAUGAGGAGAGGGGAGUCUCUGGACAAUCUGGAUUCCCAGCGGCCUGGUUCUUGGAGGCAGUCCCCUUGGCACAACCAGCCUGCCGGAGUCUACGCCUCUUCGUCUGUCCAGGACUUCAGUCGUCCUCCACCGCAGCUGUUGUCCACGUCAAACAGAGCUUACAUGCGGAACCCGUCCUCUGCGGUGCCGCCUCCAGCUGGCUCCGUGAAGACCUCCCCAGGGUCUCCCUCUUCACGCAGCCAGUCGCCUUCGAUGUCACAGUCAGGCUCUCAGCUACGGAACAGGUCAGUGAGUGGGAAGCGUGUGUGCUCCUACUGUAAUAACAUUCUGGGCAAAGGAGCUGCCAUGAUCAUCGAGAGCCUGGGUCUUUGUUAUCAUUUACAUUGUUUUAAGUGUGUCUCCUGUGGCUGUGACCUUGGAGGCUCUUCCUCAGGAGCUGAAGUCAGAAUCCGAAACCACCAACUGUACUGCAAUGACUGCUAUCUCCGAUUCAAAUGUAAGAGAGCAAAUCAGAGAGAAAAUUUCUUGUCUUUUGAGGAGACCACGGGUUCCUAUGUUUUCCCCUGAGCCUGCACCUACCUCCUCCUCCCCAGGGUCCCUGCCAUAGGAUCCUGGGUUCAGGGAUCAUAGCCUAUCCUCUUCAAAGAGGCUAUGGAAUGAGUUUCGGCCACUUAGGAGGGGAUUGUAGGGUCGGGGAAGUGGAGGGGCUUGUAUCCAGAAAUCAGGACAUUGACUCUGGUUUGCAAAGGUCCUGGAGGAAAUGCUAAUGAGUCCUGGAAACAGGAUGCAGGGUUAAGGCAAGUCCUCUGAACAGACUUUGGUCUGCCUCCUGAUUAAUGCUCGUCUUCAUCAUCAGCUUAUUUCCACAUCUAAUUAUAAGACCUUAAUGUGAUUUAUAAAGUAAUCAACUUUGAAAACGCUUAUGUUACUAUAUAACGGUAUAUCCAUACAUAAAAUUCUGAAAAAAAAAAAAAAAAAAGAACCUUAAUUCUGUUUGUAAGUUGUUUUGGUGUUACUGAAUUAAAAAACAGUGCUACUUUCUUUCUAAGCAUGUGUUUGAGUAUCAUAAGGUGUAGGGGAGCAUAAGUCUGUUGUGUGUUGUUUAUAGCCUCAGCAAGACAACAGCUAUUGUUGUGUAUGUAGUUUUGAACCUUGAUGCUGGUAACAUUUUUCUUCCUUGUUGUGAAAGGGUGUUACAAGUGGUAUCUACAAACCUAUUGCCUUUGAACUCAGAGGUAUUUAUGUGGUCCCUUAUGUGCAGAGUGCUUGGAAAUGAUUUGAACCGGCCAACUCUCUUUUAUCAGUCAGUAGCUUCUCUCCUGGCUGUCCAGGCCUUCCUGGGAUGCUGACCCUGAAGUUGGGAGAAUGUCAAGGCUGGGCAUGGGGUCUUGGGAGUGUGUAUGUGUGUUCACUUUUCUCUCUUAAAUCCAAAGCCAAAUAUAAUUGAUUUCUUUUGAA